UAAGUCUCCAGACCAGCUGGUGGCGGUAGUGCGCCUUAAAAAAAGAAGACGAAGAAGAAGGUUGUGACGUCAUUUCAGGGGCGCCAAAUCUGCACCAGACACAAACAAGUCACUGAGCUCAGUCACCGACUAAAUAACCAGCUGUCAUGGACCUGACCCCGUUUGAAACAGACAACUCGGUCAGCUGCCGACUGUCCUCUCAGAUCCCUGAUGUCUGCCGGACUGAAGACUGCUGUUUGGGCAUUGACGAGGCAGGCAGGGGCCCUGUGCUGGGGCCCAUGGUGUAUGGAAUAUGUUUCUGUCCAAUUUCCAAAAAGGAGGAGCUGAAGAACUUGAAAGUGGCAGACUCAAAGACUCUAACUGAGGCAGAAAGAGAGAACCUUUUCGAAAAACUGGAUGAAGCUAGAAGUUAUGUCGGCUGGGCUCUGCAGAUCCUCUCACCAAACACCAUUUCUACCAGCAUGUUGCAGAGGACAAAAUACAACCUGAAUGCCCUUUCACAUGAUACAGCAAUUGGUCUAGUACAGUAUGCAUUGGACAGUGGAGUACAGCUCAAAGAGGUAUUUGUGGACACAGUCGGCCCAGCAGACAAAUAUGAGGACAAGCUGUCGAAGCUGUUCCCGGGUAUUGAGGUGACUGUGAGGCCAAAGGCCGACUCUCUCUUCCCCAUCGUCAGUGCAGCCAGUAUCUGUGCAAAGGUGGCCAGAGAUCGUGUUGUAAAGGCCUGGAACUUUACUGAGGACCUGGGAGAGGUGGAUACAGACUACGGCUCAGGAUACCCCAACGACCCUAAGACUAAGGCGUGGCUCUUGAAGUACCUGGACCCUGUGUUCGGUUACCCUCAGUUUGUUCGAUUCAGCUGGAGCACUGCCCAGACCCUGAUGGAGAGCAAGGGUGUGGCAGUCCACUGGGAUGAUGAUGAGGAGGACGGGGAGAAGGCGGCACAGAGGCGGAACAACAAGUCCAUGUUGUCCUACUUCAGUGCAUCAGCUGGAGGUAACGACAGAAAGCAGACCCACCAGACACACCGCUUCUUCACUGAUCGGAGGCUGAAAAGCCUCGACACACUCUGAAGACAACACAGUAGAGGACAGACACAGGGAAAAUCUCACUCAAAAUCUUUGUGAGAGAUAUACAGCCCGAAUAAUUAAGCCUUGGGCAUAGAUACGGAUGAACUUUGAAUGUUUGUAUCAUCAAUUCAGACUUAAAAUGAUGAGCUAUCUUUUUUGUCCUGUUUGUUUUUUGUUUUUGUUUUUUUUACACAUAAAAAAAUGUUAAAGUAUU